GGCUGUCGGUGCUGUUUGUCCGGCCGUCGCUUCAACAAUGCAGCUUUUAAUGGAGCUGUGAGCGGUGCGGGCUGAAAACGCAGCACCACCGCAGGCUUGCCCGGAGAUUGUAGCCGUACAAAUUCAACUCAACGAGGUUUUCACGGUUUGACAAACCUGCCGAGCGGCCGUGACUCAGUUUUUGAGGACACCCGGGACUCCUCUGCUGGGGUUCCGAGUGAGAGGCUCCAUCUUUAGAGAAUCUUCUGAUAAGGAGUCAGAAAAUGAGCACAACUGGCCCGCCCAGAUAUCUCACUCACCUGUGAGCGACCAUGCCCUCUCUGCAUCAUUCAUCGAGGGGCAUCCCUCCCCAGUUUGCGGGACUGUUUUCUGUCAUAGAUUUGGAAGAAUAGCUAAACCUCGUACGAGAAAUGGCUUUAGGUUGUGUGGGCUGUAAUAUAUCAGAAGACUUAUUAGAGUGCAGGUGAGGCUGAAUCCCUAGCCAAUACGCACAGGACCCUUAAGAGUAGGUAAACAGCCUCAGAUGACCUUUACAGAAGGACAGAGCUACAUCCCAGCUUUGAUGAUUUAGUAUCCAUCCCACUGCCUUGCUGACAAGGUCAACCAUGGCUGCUGCUGAUCCCCAUAGCAACGGUACCUUGGUGGGGCAAGGAGCAGACUGAGGGAGUCAACAAUGCAGCGUAACGGUGGUGGGGUGGGUGCUGGAGGCCAGCCAUGGGUGUUGCGUCGUGUGCGUCUCACGUGGCUAAGUUUCAUGCUCUUCUUUAUCCUGGUCUUCUUCCCACUCAUCGCCCACUACUACCUCACUACCAUUGAUGAAGCUGGAGGUCCGGAUAAGCACAUCUUUGGGCCGCGGCCUGGCGGCGAACUGUGCGAAGCCAAACAUGUGCAGGAUCUUUGCCGCAUCCGGGAGUCGGUCAGCGAGGAGCUGCUGCAGCUGGAGGCCAAGAGGCAGGAGCUCAACGGGGAGAUCGCCCGGCUCAACUUGCGUAUCGAGGCCUGCAAGCGCAGCAUUGACAGCGCCAAGCAGGAUCUGCUGCAGCUGAAGAAUGUUAUCAGCCAGACAGAACAUUCCUAUAAAGAACUAAUGGCCCAGAAUCAGCCCAAGCUGUCGCUGCCUGUAAGGUUGCUGCCAGACAAAGAAGACCCAGGGCUGCCGCCACCCAAGUCUGCGCGUUCCUGCCGCCUGCGGUCUUGCUUCGACUAUGGCCGCUGCCCUCUUACAUCUGGGUUUCCUGUGUAUGUGUAUGACACAGGCUCUUAUCCUUGGGGGGACUAUCUUGACCCUCUGGUGAAGCAAGCUUUUGCCGCGUCAGUCAAAAGCAACAUUUAUGUAACUGACAACCCCAGCAUUGCCUGUCUGUAUUUGGUGCUAGUAGGGGAGCUACAGGAGUCCUCCUCCUCCCCACUGCAAUCUCCUUCAGAGCUGGAGAAGCAACUAAAAGCUCUUCCUUACUGGAGAUCUGAUGGACACAACCAUGUACUGGUGCAUCUCUCUAGAAAGUCCAUGACACAGAACUUCCUGUAUAAUGUGAGCACAGGACGAGCAGCUGUCGCUCAGUCCACCUUUUUUGAGCAGCAAUACCGUGAGGGCUUUGACUUGGUUGUGUCCCCGCUGGUUCAUGCUCUCUCAGAACCAAACUUUUUGGAAGUGCCCCCUCAAGUUCCCGUAAAGAGGAAAUACCUCUUCACCUUCCAGGGGGAGAGGGUGGAGUCACUGAGGAGCAGCUUACAGGAGACGCCCCCUCAGUCUUUCGAGGAGGAAAUGGAAGGAGACCCACCAGCCGACUACGAUGAUCGCAUUAUUGGCACCUUAAAGGCAGUGCAGGACAGCCACUUGGAUCAGGUGCUGGUGGAGUUCACCUGCAAGAACCCACGACCAAGUUUGCCAACUGAAUGGGCUCUUUGUGGAGAGAGGGAGGAGAGGCUGGAGGUGCUUAAGGCAUCUACUUUUGCCCUGGUGAUCGCUCCAGGAGAUGGCCAGCUGGUGGCCUCAGCUGGCUGUGGUAUGAGGCUCUUUGAGGCCCUGGAGGUAGGGGCAAUCCCAGUCCUGUUGGGGGACCACACCAGACUACCUUAUCAUCAGUUUAUCCGCUGGAGUGAAGCUGUCAUCAUAGUCCCCAAGCCUCGUGUCACAGAGCUACACUUCCUGCUGCGCAGCCUGUCAGACAACGAUAUGCUAGCUAUGAGGCGACAGGGCCGCUUCCUGUGGGAGACCUACUUCUCCACAUCAGAGAAUGUUCUCAGUACCAUCCUAGCCAGCAUCAGAACAAGCAUCCAGGUUCCUGCUGCACCCAUCAAAGAGGAGCCCGCCCACGAGAUUCCUCACAAAGCUGGGAAGCUGGCAGGAACUGAUGCCAACCUGGCUGACAAUGGUGACCUGGAUUUGGGUCCUGUCGAGACAGAGCCCCCCUACGCCUCUCCGCGCUUUCUCCGCAACUUCACAUACACAGCCGCAGACACCUAUAGAGCGUGGAACCGCGCCCCAGGGCCUUUCCAUCUGUUUCCUCACACUCCUCUAGACCCCGUGCUUCCCUCUGAAGCCAAAUUCCUCGGCUCCGGUACUGGAUUCAGGCCUAUUGGUGGAGGUACAGGAGGCUCAGGGAAGGAGUUUCAGGCAGCUUUAGGAGGGAACGUGCCCCGGGAACAGUUCACCGUGGUCAUGCUGACGUAUGAAAGGGAGGAGGUGCUGAUGAACUCUCUGGAGAGGUUGAAUGGACUGCCUUACCUCAACAAGGUAGUAGUGGUGUGGAAUUCACCCAAGCCUCCUUCAGAUGACCUGUUGUGGCCUGACAUCGGUCUGCCCAUUGUGGUUGUCCGCACAGAGAAAAACAGCCUGAACAACCGCUUCCUUCCCUGGGAUGCAGUGGAAACCGAGGCCAUCCUGUCCAUUGAUGACGAUGCUCAUCUUCGCCAUGAUGAGAUCAUGUUCGGGUUCAGAGUGUGGCGUGAGGCCAGAGAUCGCAUUGUGGGCUUCCCUGGGAGGUAUCAUGCGUGGGACAUCAACCAUCAGUCGUGGCUCUACAACUCCAACUACUCCUGUGAGCUCUCCAUGGUCCUGACAGGAGCUGCUUUCUUCCACAAGUACUACGCCUACCUGUACUCCUAUGUGAUGCCCCAGGCAAUCAGGGACAUGGUGGACGAGUACAUAAACUGCGAGGACAUCGCCAUGAACUUCCUGGUGUCUCACAUCACCCGCAAACCACCCAUCAAGGUAACUUCUCGUUGGACUUUCCGCUGUCCCGGCUGCCCUCAGGCCCUUUCACACGACGACUCGCAUUUCCACGAGCGCCACAAGUGCAUCAACUUCUUUGUCAAAGUGUACGGCUACAUGCCGCUGCUGUACACGCAGUUUCGUGUGGACUCUGUGCUGUUUAAGACUCGUUUACCCCACGAUAAGACCAAGUGCUUCAAGUUCAUCUAGCACUGGGCUGAGUAGCCCAGCAAAGAGCCAAAAGUAGAGUGGAUUGAAGGAGUGGAAGUAUUUAAAGAGAGCAGCAGCUCCCACUGCGAGUGGUGAUGAAGAUGGAUGGAUGGACUGCCAGAUAAAUGCACAGGGGGAAGGUUUUGGGUUAGGAUUUUGCCCCGGGGGGGAUAGACAAGUUAUCCUUAAAAGCUGUUGGCUGGUGGUCUAAUCCACAACUCUACUGAAAAUUUGAAGAGUGGAAGCUGAAAGGGACCACUGCCAAUAAAAUAAGCCUUUUCAGUGGAUGUCACUCCUGUUUCAUGUUCUUCAACCAUGCUCCAUCAUUAACCACUACAGAUGUCAUUUGCACCUCUUAACGGCCUGCUGAGGAAAGAGGGCGGUUGUACACACUGUACAGAGACUCUCCCAGGAUAAACUCUACCUGACAAUGGAACGAUCAGUUAAUGAAUCACUGACAGACUGAUGUCAGGCUGCGUUCUGCUCCGCAGCCUGUUAACAGUUUCAGCUCGGAGAGCAAAAGUGACAGUGGCACAUGGCUGCCACUGCGCCUUUCUGUUUGUUUUCCAUUUUACAGUUACAAACUGUACUUCUUGUACAUGUACAUGAGAGAAGCACUGAUGGUCAGAAGUAUUUUAUUGAACAGACUUUUCUUCUUUUUUUUUUUUAAUAAUGUUGUUUAAAUGUGUAAAUCCUUAUGUGGAAUGAACAUUUUCCAGAACCUCUGCCUGUGGGAGAUCAGACACAGACUCAGUCUGAGAACGAGACAGGACCUCGACUGGAGAGUAAAAUAAGUUGGCCCGAUCAUGUUUAAUAGUGUUACAUGCUCAAGAAGGAAUCCACUUCAGCGGUCACCAUAAUGCCUCAAAUUUGUCAUGAAAACCAGCCACCAUUUUGUCAUUUUGUUAUGCUUACAGGAACUCAGCUCCUCUUUGAUGAGUGUUUAAAAACGGCCUGUUUUUUAUGCUAUAGGGUGUUUACUAAUGUUUGUAAAAACUGGUCCAAGGUUGGAGUAGUCAUAUUUAAAUGUAAUAAUACCAGUCAAGUGGUUACAGUGUCCCGUACUGAAGUGCAACAAAGUCAAAAAUCACAGCUGCCAAAAUCAACAAAAAAUCGAUUUUAAUUUCUGAUCAAAGUUGUAAUUAUGCAGACAGUCUCCACUGAAGUUAAAUGUACUAUUAGGAUUACAGUAAAAAAUGUCAGGUUUAAAGGGAAAAAUAUGCUUCUUUGUGUUCUGGGAAAGAGUUGGAUGAGAAGCCAUUCUCAUAUUUUCCCAUUAAAUAUUAAGCUAUAGCCAACUGGCAGUUAGCUUAGCUUAGCACAAAGACUGCAAACAAGGGGAAUCACCUUGGCUGGCUCUGUAAAAUGGUCAUAAAAUCCACCUAGCAGCACCUCAAAUGUAAAUCAGACAGUGAUUAAACAAAUUAAAGCAUUAAUAUUUGAGCUGUGGAGGCAAGGGUAGUUGAAGUUUGUCUCCAUAGGUUAGAGCGAGGCUGUUUAGCUUUGUUUCCAGUCUUUAUGCUAAGUCAAGCAAAGUAGCUGUUGGCUUUAGUCUUUUAUUUUAUGAAUACAAGAGUGAUAUCAAGCUUCUCAUCUAACUUUCCACCAGAAAGCAAGGAAAAGUAUUUCCCAAAUUCUGACUUUGCAUCACAAUUAUUAGAUAUAUCCCACCUUGUUCACGUCACCCUUCUGUAUAGAACUUUCCCAGCUCAGAGAGAAAUGUCACUUUACAGUGUCACCACAUUGGUUUCACUUUGUUGUUGGAUUUUUUUAUUUUUUUUUACCAUUGCUUGAUGAAUGUUUCCUUUGCCAAAUAGGUACGAUGUCUGCUGCUUUCCAGCAUAAUUUGCAGGGUGCACAAUGCUUGCUAAGGGGAUGCAGUCUGGUACAUCUACAUCCACUCUGCAUGGUACUCUACCUGGAGUCAACCCAUUGGAGCCCAACCCAUCAUGUAUUAUAAAUCCAAAGUCCCUUAUUUGACCUUGUUGGACUUAAAUUCCUGUAAUCUGAACAAAAGAUCAGCCUGAAAAGAUCCCUUUUUAAAAAUAUAUUUAGAUUAGUGGCUUCUUUCCCAAAUUAUGUUCUAACUAUUCUACAAACUCUCAUAAGUUCAUGGUUCCUGUAUAUUUAUUGAAUAUAUUAUGAAAAAAAGAUUUUUUUAAACUGACAAAGACACAUGCAAUAAAAUGACAAGACGUUGUAGUUUAUUAUUCCUAACUGCAAAGAGGUCCCAACCUGAUUGAGCCAUCAGUCUAUUUCAUUGCCAAGGAAAACCAGCUUGUGCCACUGAGUGCUUGAGGGGAAUUUUACUGACCUGAGAGCAGCAAUCAGGCAGGCAAGCACGUGUUACACUUUGGACAUCAAGAUGCCCUGGUCUUUAGAGGGGUCAGCCUGUGAGCACAAUGCCAUGAAUUGAGCUUCUGACAGAGCCAGUGGAUACUGGUUGAGGUGUCUCUCAAGCCACGGCUCCUACCUGCUCCCAGUGGCUGCUGCACUCUGACCCCACAAGUGAAAUAUAACCACACUCAGAGGGAAUGAGGAGUCAGUUUUCUCAUUUCUGUGGUGUAACAUGGCAAUACAGUUAAAACAAAUCCAACUUUACACUUUGUGUUGCUGCACCAGACUUGGAAAACCAGCCUGACUUCUUAAACCCUCGUCACAUCUCAGCUCUUUUAUUGGAGCUCCAGGGGCCUCAUAAUUACCUAGCUCACUCUAAACCUGUCCUCAGGGCACAGUUUAGGUCAGCUGGUAUUUUAGAAGUAAAAACCUCCCCAUACCUCCAGCCUGUGAACACCCCCCACCUCCCCCUUCCUCUGGGAUCUUUGGCACAGCUGGUUUUCCGUGGCCUAAAGCAGGAAACAUUUCCCUGGAAGGCUGCAGUCACUCUGCUAAGGUGUAAGGAGUUGUGAAACUAUGUGCUCCUGGGUCUGAUCCACAACUGUGGGCGAGGCUCCAGCCACCUGCAACGCUGCUUGCGCUGUACCAGACUGAUGACUGAUGACAGCGUCAAACAUACCAUUGAAGGCCAGAUGAAUGGAAAUAAAAACUCUCAACAUUGUUAAAAACA